GUACGGACAAUCACAGCUUUGUGUUUGGCAGCACUUGCUGAAGCAGCUACACCGUAUGGUAUCGAGGCAUUUGACUCAGUGCUGAAGCCGCUCUGGAAAGGUAUACGCUCGCAUCGUGGAAAAGGUCUUGCUGCAUUCCUGAAAGCGAUUGGUUUUCUCAUUCCGCUUAUGGACGCCGAAUAUGCCUCAUAUUAUACACGUGAAGUGAUGCUGAUACUGAUCCGAGAGUUUGCUUCGCCUGAUGAAGAAAUGAAGAAAAUCGUUUUGAAGAAAAACAGCUAA